GAUGUGGAAAUAAGGAUGAGGAUGCAGAAAACGAGUGAGCGCCGGCUGCGUCACCUGCGGAACAUCGCUGCCCGCAACAUCAUCAACAGGAACGGAUACCGCCUCCUGGACACCUACUUUACCCUGCACCUCUGUGACAGCACCAAGAUAUACAAAGAAUUUUAUAAGAGUGAGGUGAUCAAGAAUUCUCUGAAUCCAACCUGGAGGAGUCUGGACUUUGGGUUGAUGCCUGAUCGUCUGGAUACCUCUGUGUCUUGUUUCGUUGUGAGGAUCUGGGGUGGCAAGAAGGAGCAUUUCCAGCUUUUGAUUGAAUGGAAGGUCAACCUCGAUGGCCUGAAGUACUUGGGCCAGCAGAUCCAUGCCAGAAACCCAAACGAGAUUAUUUUUGGUCUCCAUGAUGGUUAUUACGGAGCUUCAUUUGAACAGAAGGAUCACUCAGGUACCCUGAAGAACAGUCUCCUCCAGGUGGAUCAGAACUGUGUCCGUAACUCUUACGAUGUCUUCUCUUUGCUUAGGCUCCACAGAGCACAGUGUGCAAUCAAACAGACUCAGGUAACUGUGCAGAGGAUAGGGAGGGAGAUUGAAGAGAAGCUGAGAUGUACAUCCACACGGAACGAGCUGAAGAAGGAGAGUGAAUGUUUACAGCUGAAGAUCCUGGUGCUACGUAAUGAACUGGAGAGGCAGAAGAAGGCCCUUGGUCAAGAAGUAGCCUUGUUGCACAAGCAAAAAAGUAGUUUGAGUGACAGAGAAAAUGCAUUUGGGACUGAAUAUGAGAAACUUGGAGAGCACAACGAAUCCCUGUGUGAAUUAAGGAAGGAAUGCACUGCCAAGAGAGAACAGCUUUUGAAGACAAAUGCCCAGCAGACUAUUCGAUGCAAGCAGCUGCUGUCAGAGCUGUCCUACAUCUACCCCAUUGAUCUGAAUGAUCAAAAGGAUUACUUUGUUUGUGGAGUCAAGCUUCCUAAUUCUGAAGACUUUCAAGCCAAGGAUGACGGGAGCAUCGCCGUUGCCCUGGGCUACACUGCUCACCUGGUUUCCAUGAUCUCCUUCUUCCUGCAAGUGCCACUCAGGUAUCCCAUCAUCCACAAGGGCUCCCGCUCCACCAUCAAGGACAACAUCAACGACAAGCUCACCGAGAAGGAGCGAGAAUUUCCUUUAUAUCCAAAAGGAGGGGAGAAGCUUCAGUUUGAAUAUGGAGUUUAUCUUCUCAACAAAAAUAUAGCACAGCUUAGGUAUCAGCAUGGGCUGAGUACUCCAGACCUAAGGCAAACUCUUCCCAACCUGAAAAACUUCAUGGAGAUUGGGCUAAUGGUGAGAUGCGACCGGCACCACACGUCCAGCGCCAUCCCCGUCCCAAAGAGACAGAGCUCCAGCUUCGGCAGGUUGCACAUCGGCUUCUCCAGUGGGCUUCCUUCCCCGGACAAGGGACCCCGGAAACGGGCCACGAGCACCGGCAACGAGAGACUGCAGUACAAAACCCCUCCUCCCAGCUACAGCUCCGCUUUAACCCAGCCCGUCCCCGCGGGGGAGCCGCAGAAAACGCCCGGGCCCAUCAGCUCUUCCCUGGACACCUCCCUGGACUCCUCCAGGGGCAACGCCGGGAAAGGCGAGGACUUGUGCGGCGGCUUCAACGGGGAGAGCGGGGCCCUGCUGCCCCCUCCCCGGGGCCGGCGGGACCCCUCGCCGGGCGGGUGCAGUGCAAUAAACGGGGCGGUGGGGCCGGGGGCCCCGGAGCCGCCCCUGCCCGGCCCCGCGCUCUGCUGCGCCGUGGAGCAGGCCGAGGAGAUCAUGGGCAUGGAGGCCACGGCCCUGGGCUCGGGGGACCAGCUGGAGGACUUCAACUCCAUCCCGGUGGAACACGCCGUGGCCGUGGAGUGCGACGAGCAGGUGCUGGGGGAGUUCGAGGAGUUCUCGCGCAGGAUCUACGCCCUGAACGAGAACAUGUCCAGCUUCCGCAGGGCCCGCAAGAGCUCGGACAAGUGAGCCGGGACGGGGGGGAAUCAGUGCUCCGGGGGGAAAUCAAAUUGCACUUAUUCUUUAUAUUAAUUAUAAAAAUAAAAGAGCUAAAGCUGUUCCUAUGGUGUUAGACAAGUGGACUCGAGCACGGUGCCGCAGGAUCAUGGUAUGUGCACAGCCCCAGGUAAAGGUUUAUUCUGCUUCCAGUCCUUUUAUGUCUGGUAUUUAUAAUCUGUUGGAAUUCUUUUUUUUUUUUUAGGCCUUGAAAUCCAUUUAUAAAGGCUUUCCUGAAAACGACUUCUAGCGCUGAUCAGGCCCUUCUAUGAAUAUUUGUUGAUUUCUUAAUUAUUCUUUAGAGUUAAAUUUAUUUUAAUCUUUUCAAAAGAGGAAAAAAAAAAGAACCUUUAAUUUAAACGUACAUUUAUGGUAAGACAUCUUUGCCUUCUCCCAGGUACUCCUGUGUGUGCCUGAGCAAUGUAGCCAGUGUUAGAGAAAUACCAUGGAUUUGUUUCAGUUGAGCAGCUUUCUCUUGACUGGGCUCUGGAGCCUGCGAAGUUCUAGUUUGCACUGAUGGGUCUUCAGUUGGCAGUGAGGACAUGCCAGAGAAUGAGCACCUGUGUGAUACCUGCACCUGGUUAAUCAGAAGUGACAUUUGGGGGUUUGUCCCACUCCUCCUCUUCUCCAUACUCGCUCUUCCUUCCCAUGGAAACCUCGAGGAGUAAAUCGCCUCCAGGGUUCUGUCCAGUGAUCUCAGCCUGACCCUUCCCCACUGGGGUUGGGCACAAGUAGAGACCUGAUGGACCCACUGCCAACACAGAGGGUUCAGCUGCCGCCCUCCCAGGGGUCUGCUGGGGACACAGGGGCACUGCAGACACCUUCCUAAAAUCCCUGAGAGUGCAGUCAGCGCUUUGGAAUUAGGCAAACUGUGUGGAAUUGUUCCACCCUCUGCAGGAAGGAGGCACUUUGCAUUAUUCAUCUGAAUUAAUAUCCUUUCUUUAACCAUCUGUACUUGGAAGGAAGAAGCUUCCAGGGCUUUGCUGGAGGUGCAGGUCAGCACUGCCACACGUGUUCAGCUGCACUAAUGGGAAAGCAAUUUGCAGCUGCUCUGCCAUUCCUGGUGUUUGUUUCCGUUUGGAUUUCAUGGCUCUUGCCUUCUAUAUUGUGUACCCGAGGAUCUGGGCUCACCUGCGAGCUCUGAAAUAUAAAAAUAUAUAGCAGAAUAAAAAACACUUCAUCAUG